CUCUCACCGCGCCACACUCAUUCCCUCACGCCACACAUUACUAAUCACUAAUUAAUUAAUCGGCGAAACACAAAUGCAAAAAUAUAAACAAAAAAUGCGAACGAAAAACAACACGAAAACGCGAAAAAACAACCACGAGGAAAAUGAGGAAAAGGCAAUCGGUCGGAAAUGGCCGACCUUGAAAGAGUCUUGCACUCAGCGGUGGAAUUGUGGCGCUACAAAGAUCAAGCAUCAAGUGGAUAAAUUCAUAGAAAUGGCUCGCGCGAGAACUGACCCUCCGUUCGGCUUCCUCCAUCCACGGAAAUUUUGCUGCAAAAAUCACAUAAGCGCCGUUUCCGUUUACAACAACAUGACUUCGAAGUUGUUAACCUUUAGGUGGACUUUCACCCCCACCGGGCAACGUGCCCUUCCGGAUGUCUCCUCCGCCGCCCAAGAAGCCCUUCCGGUUGCCACCGCCGCCGCCCAAGAAGCGUUUCCGGUUGCUUCAAGUCUCAAGUUUGAAGACUGCAAAUUGGAACUAAAUUAGUAGCAGAGAACUGGUGGCGUGGGAAUGGGCAAAGAAAUAAAGACACAUUGAAUCUGAA